UUUAUUGGUAGACAAAAGUAGCAGGUAUUCGGUUAUGGCAAAGUUAAUAUUUGUACCGUUGAUCACUUAAAUUUGACACACAGAACCAAAGAACAUAAUUGGAAGACCACCAAUUGCAAAUAGCGUACCCCAAAAUAUCUCAACUCCAUCCAAUUACCACCUUAUAACUGCCUAUCAAAUGGAACAUGAAACAGAGUUCAAUCAUAAGCACAGAGAAACAGACAUCAUACGUUGGUUCGAGGAUGUUGCCGAGGAUGCCGCCGCCGUACAACGGCUGACACUUAGACAGAUUCUUGAACUCAACUAUGGUGUCGAGUAUCUCAAGAAAUGGCUUGGAGAUAUUAAAAUUCAAGAAAUAUUGGAUGAAAAUGCAUUGGAAUCAAUAUAUGCCUCUUUGGUCCCUCUUUCUUCUCAUGCAGAUUUAGAACCUUUUACACAAAGAAUUGCUGAUGGAGAUACAACUCCUCUCAUCACUCAACAGCCCAUUACCAAUCUAUCCUUGAGUUCUGGAACCACUGAAGGAAGACAAAAAUUUGUGCCCUUUACUCACCAUAGCUCCCAAACUACUCUUCAGAUUUUCAAGUUGGCAGCAGCAUAUAGAUCAAGAAUUUAUCCAACAAGAGAAGGAGGAAAAAUUCUUGAAUUCAUAUACAGCAGCAAACAAUGUAAAACCAAAGGAGGAGUAAUAGCAGGAACAGCCACAACUCACUAUUAUGCUAGUGAUGAAUUCAAGAUUAAACAGCAACAAACAAAGUCCUUCACUUGCAGCCCUGAAGAAGUCAUUUCAAGUGGAGACUACAGACAAUCAACAUAUUGUCACCUCCUCCUUGGCUUAUAUUUUUCACAUGAAGUUGAAUUUGUUACCUCAACUUUUGCUUAUAGCAUAGUACAAGCAUUCAGAUCAUUUGAAGAAAUGUGGAAGGAAUUGUGCCAUGACAUUAGGGAAGGUAGUCUUAGUUCAAGUAUCAACAUAACCAGAGUCCGAAAAGCCGUGUUAGGUGUCACUCAACCUAAUCCAGAGUUGGCUUCAAGAAUUGAAAAUGUUUGUGAGGAGCUAGAAAGAGCAGAUUGGUUUAGCAUAAUUCCAAGAUUAUGGCCAAAUGCUAAGUAUGUCUACUCAAUAAUGACAGGGUCAAUGCAGCCAUAUUUAACAAAAUUAAGGCAUUAUGCAGGGGAAUUGCCUCUGGUGAGUGCUGAUUAUGGCUCCACUGAGAGUUGGAUUGGAGUAAAUGUGGAUCCUAAAACUCCACCAGAGAAAGUUACUUUUGCAGUGAUACCCACUUUUUCUUACUUUGAGUUCAUACCCCUUUAUAGACAGAAGUCAAACUAUAAUUACCAAAACGGUAAUGUUAAUUCAGCAAAUGAUGAUUUCAUAGAAGGUGAUCCUGUGCCCUUAGCUCAAGUCAAGAUUGGUCAACAAUAUGAAAUUGUCCUUACUACUUUCACAGGUCUAUAUAGAUAUCGAUUAGGGGAUGUGGUAGAAGUGGCCAGUUUUUACAAGAAGACCCCCAAACUUAACUUCAUAUGCAGGAGAAAGUUGAUAUUGACAGUGAACGUCGAUAAAAACACCGAAAAAGACCUCCAAUUAGUGGUGGAAAGAGCUUCACAGAUACUAAGCAAGGCAAGACGAGCCGAGCUAAUAGAUUUCACUAGCCACGCGAACGUGACAAAGCAACCGGGGCACUAUGUGAUUUACUGGGAGAUCAAAGGGGAAAUUAAUGAAAGGGUACUCGAUGAGUGUUGCAGAGAAAUGGAUGCUUCUUUUGUGGAUCAUGGGUAUGUUGUGUCAAGAAGAACAAAAUCGAUUGGACCAUUAGAGCUUUACAUUGUGGAGAGAGGCACUUUCAAGAAGAUAUUGGAAUAUUACAUACGAAAUGGGGCUGCUUUGAGUCAAUUCAAGAUUCCUAGAUGCACUAGCAACGAAGUGUUACUAAAAAUCCUUAAUGCAUGCACAAUUAAGAGGUUUCAUAGCACAGCUUAUGGGUGAUUAACUAGAAUGCGGUAAUUAUUCAGUCGAAUAUUACAAGUGUUAACCAUGUACUCCCUCCGUCCCCAUAUUAUUUGGCCACUUUUCCUUUUACACGUCCCUUAAGAAAUCAUAAAUAAAAGAUGUAUUUUGCUAUCUUACCCUAUCUCUCUCCAAUAAAUACAUUCUAAUCAAUAUUAACUUUUUUCAAGAACAUUUAAUACUAAGGGUAAGAUGAGAAAGAUUUAACUAAUUUUAUCUUGAUUUUGUAAAUGAACAGGUAAUUUGGGACAUAUAUUUUUAGUAAUGUAGCC